AGUCCUGGGGGGAGCGUUGUUUUCGCCCAGUGACACUUAGAUGGCCCCAGCCUCCAGCUGCCUUGGUGUCAUGUGUGGAUUAUGUGUUUUGGUCCCACAGAGUCAAGAUUUCUCUUCUGUGCUAAGUUCGUAAAACUUUGUAUUUGUGAGAAAGUUCACGUUAGUGUUUGGAUUGAGAGUACAGUAGUUCAGACACCCAACAGAGUCUGCAGUUUCUCCUUUAAUUAUUUGAACAGGCCUUGGAUAUUACUCCUGAACCCCCAAGAGUUUCCACUCUCUUCCUGGGGUGCUUUUAGCAGGCUGAAGUAAUACAGUGUGCGCCUCUCUGAUAGACAUUCAUCAUGCGAUUGUACACAGUUUCCCACAGCAAACAUCAAUGAGAGCUCACCUUGGGUUAGGGCUUGUAGCCUUCUGUUCCUUUGCUUAAUAUUAAAUUAGCUCAUUUUGGAGCUUAGCCAUGCAUCAUGCAAUCGUACUGGUUGUUGUUACUGGUUGUUAAGAUGUCUUUAACUUAAAGCACUUUCUAUGCCUUUACUCAUUUUAUGUCACACGUACUGUCUUGGUAUGAUCUUGUUCCUUUAGAAAGUCAAUAUGGAUCCAUAAGAAUCUUACAGAACAAGUUGAAAUCAUCGCAGAAGGAUAAAGUUCGUCAGUUUAUGAUCUUCACACAAUCUAGUGAGAAAACUGCAGUAAGUUGUCUUUCUCAAAAUGACUGGAAGUUAGAUGUUGCAACAGAUAAUUUUUUUCAAAAUCCAGAACUUUAUAUACGGGAGAGUGUUAAAGGAUCAUUGGACAGGAAGAAGUUAGAACAACUGUACACUAGAUACAAAGACCCUCAAGAUGAAAAUAAAAUUGGAAUAGAUGGUAUACAGCAGUUCUGUGAUGAUCUGGCCCUCGACCCAGCCAGCAUCAGUGUGUUGAUCAUUGCAUGGAAGUUCAGGGCGGCCACUCAGUGCGAGUUCUCCAAACAGGAGUUCAUGGAUGGCAUGACAGAGUUAGGAUGUGACAGCAUAGAAAAACUAAAGGCCCAAAUACCCAAGAUGGAACAAGAAUUGAAAGAACCAGGACGAUUUAAGGAUUUUUACCAGUUUACUUUUAAUUUUGCAAAGAAUCCAGGACAAAAAGGAUUAGAUCUAGAAAUGGCCAUUGCUUACUGGAACUUAGUGCUUAAUGGAAGAUUUAAAUUCUUAGACUUAUGGAAUAAAUUUUUGUUGGAGCAUCAUAAACGAUCAAUACCAAAAGACACGUGGAACCUUCUGUUAGACUUCAGUUCAAUGAUUGCAGAUGAUAUGUCCAAUUAUGAUGAAGAAGGAGCAUGGCCUGUUCUUAUUGAUGACUUUGUGGAAUUUGCACGCCCUCAAAUUGCUGGGACAAAAAGUACAACAGUGUAGCACUAAAGGAACCUUCUAGAAUGUACAUAGUCUGUACAAUAAAUACAACGGAAAAAUGCACAGUCAAUUUCUGCUGGCUGGACUGAACUGAAGAUCAAUCCUCACAGUUCAAACUGAGGGUUGAGACAAAACUUUAAGGAUACAUCUUGGACCAUAUCGUACUCCAUUCUUCUACUGGUGGUUUGGGCUUGUCUUCUAGUCUGGGCCACUCUAAACACUUCUAAUUCCAACAUUGUGGAUUUCAUCUUAGACCUGUGGACCAUCUUAGUCUGUCUUCCCAUGAGUCAUAGAAGCUUGAUGGUGAUUAUUCUGAGGUUUCCAUUCUUGCAUAAAGCACAAUGCUGUCUUCAUCAGAAAGCAGUUUGGCAUAAGAAUUAAACAUUAAUAAUGAACACCACAAACAAUUUAUAAAAACUUCUUAAGUAUAUGCUUUGGGCUAGUUGCAAAGACUAUGCUGGUAGCACUUCAAAUGAGAGUGAUUUAUCUGAGUGUACCGCAUCUGGAAUGGGGUUUGAUUGGGGGAAUUUAAUUUUCCUGGCAAACUACAUGUACUGUUGGUGUGAGUAGAAUACCUGAUAAAAGAAAUGUCAAAAUAACCAACACAUGAAACAAAGGGAUAAUUUGCUGACUCCCUGAAAUAUGUCCUGUCUCAGAUUCUCACGAAGGUUCUACAGAACAAGUCUGUGGUCUUGCCCAUGUUCAUGCACAGGGUCCUGCAGUGAACGUUUAUUUAAAAAGUAUUGUAAUGAGGCCGAAUGUUAGACUCCACUCUCAUGCGCAUCACACACCACAUAAUUGGAUUCCAUUAUGCUUUGAAAUGCUUUUAUGCCUUCGAAUAAGUUAAGCUUUUAUUUGUUUUGAAUGUGUUUUGGAUUGCUAUACAAUAUAAUAUUCUAAAUUUAGGCAUGAGGGUUUUAGGUUUGUUUUGGUUUUUUUUGUUUUUUUUAUUUUUAUUUUUUAUUUUUUGUCAUCGCACUAUGGAACACAAAGCAAUUCACUUAAUUUAUAAGAAGAUAGUAAGAUUUAAAUUUUUGGAAUGGUUGUGAUGAGCCAUGAAGUUCAACCUUUCUCCUAUGGCGCUGUUCUUUGAGGCCGUGGUCCAGCCGUGCCGACUGCUGACUGUUGGAAUGGCUUCCGGCUGAAUCACUGUGGUCCAAGUCUUUCCUCCAGGAGCAGAGUGGGUCAGACAGGGCGAGCACUGGUGCGGACACCAAUGUCUUCUGUUCUGUAAAUUACUUGACUUUUGACUGUUUUUGUCUCACUUGCAUUUGCUAAUUUCCACAUCAAAGCUGAAUGCAGUCUUGAUUGUUUGUUUUUGGUUUUUUUUUUUUUU